AUGGCCAAGGAAAGUCAAUGCAGGGGAUGUUCCGGUGCUAUUAAUACAUAUUUAAUUGCGUACAAUGGGCUGCAAACAUUAGGAUGGUCGUAUCUCUUCUUCCAGCUGAUAUCUCAUUACCUGUUCACAACUUCUGAAUCCCUCUACGAAGAAGUAAAAUGGACGGUAAUUGUCUUUCAAAACGCCGCCGUUUUGGAAGUAAUCCAUGCGGCUACCCGAAUUGUUAGAUCUAAUCCCUUACUAACGGCCUUUCAAGUAGCUUCAAGGGUAAUCGUAGUAUGUGGUAUACUAAUAGCCACGAAAUCACCGCGAGACAGUUUAGGGCUGCCUUUGGCCCUUUUAGCCUGGUCUGUAACUGAAAUUAUCAGAUAUUCCAUGUAUGCUUUGAGCUUGCUGGGACAAGCACCGUACUUUUUAACUUGGUUGAGGUACUCAACUUUUAUCGUUUUAUAUCCAAUAGGAAUUACUGGGGAAUUAUUAUGCAUAUAUGCAGCACAACAGGAAGUAGGCGAAAAUAAACUGUACACAAUCUCGAUGCCUAAUAGGUUGAAUUUCAUCUUCAACUAUCAACACGUUUUGGUAUUUUUGAUGCUGUUGUACAUUCCUCUGUUUCCUCAAUUAUAUCUUCACAUGUUCGGUCAAAGGAAAAAGGUGCUAAAUGGGGGACUGAAAAAAGACUAA